CAACGUCAACAUACAGAUCUCUGUCAAGACGUUUUUAGUCAUUUCUUUUUGCGGCAAUCAUUCGUCUGUUCGUUCGUCGAACUUGUGCCGUUUGCCGUUUUCGUUUUUUUGCUUUCGCAGUCGUCGUCAUUAUUAGUUCUAAAACUGUGAAAAAUUCCAAGUGACUGAUGUAAAAGUGAAAAAUAUGGCGAGUCUUGUGGGCGAACAGCAAAUUUCAUCAAAUAACCAAGAAGCUGAACCAGUUCAGAAAGUCGAUAGCCGAGAAGGCAGUGUCGAACGCAAAGUGUGUAAAGACCGUGACGAGAAGCUAAAGUUGGCACGGGAGCGUCAAAAUGAGGAAAGACAAAGGAAAAUCGAAGAGCUAAAGGCGCAAGCGGAAGCGGCGCAACGAUAUCGCGAACAAAAAGAAGAGGAACGUCGCCGCCGCAUAGAGGAGAUACGACAACGCGACACGGAGAAGCGACACCAAGUCGAAGAACGUAAACGCGCCAUAACCGAGGCGGAAAAGGAGCGCCGCGAAUAUAUAUUGCGGAAGAAUCAGCUGCUGGAGCCCGAUUUUGGACUGGUAUCGCCAAGCACUUAUCUGGGUCAUCGACGAUCGACGUCGAUCUCUAAUGUUACUGGUGCUUCAUUAUCACGUCGUAGUUCUGAACGUGAACUGACCGACAGUGGUGCCAAGAAGCGUGCAACAUCGGCCGGUGGCACAGAUCGGCAUGAAGAUCAUCGUCGUAAGUCAUCAUCCAUGUAUGAAGUUUUCAAUUGGGGAUACUCGAACGAUGAGCCACCCAAACGUUUUUCCCUCUCCAUUGUGGGCAGUGAAAUCAAUAUUGAUGAUCCCCCAGCUGCCACAGUCACAGCAAAUGCAGGCCAUGUACGCACUUAUACUGCUCAUCAUCAGGCACAGCAUCAUCAGCACAGCAACAACAACAACCAUAGUAUAACAAAUAUAAGUGGGCAUAGACAAAAUGUUGCAGUAGACUCUGCAAGAGCAGCUACAACAGCAGCAGCAACAACAACCACAAGCACAGCUGGCAAAAGCAGUCAAUCGGCUACAGCAGCAGCGACAUUUAAUUACUCUAACGAUAGUGUCGAUAGUCAUGCAACACAAAUCGUGUUUAGAAGUGUAGCCCGCAGAAAAACCGAUUUGAUGCCGACAAUACCCAGCCCCAGGGACGGGCAUUACGGUUCCAGAUCGUCACUGAGCCACACGCCACGCACCCCAGGGCGUGCCUUCUCCAUGAGUCGUCUAGAUCAAUUGGCUCAACCGAUUCGCCGCAAUGGCGAACACAUACGCGCCAUACUCGAGCGUGAGCGUCGCGAACAAAUGGAACUGCUGGACGAAACCGAAUCGCUGGGCGGUGGCCGAAGGCGCAGCAGCAAACCACGACACGGCAGCGGUAGCAGUAGUGCUGGCGCUGGCGGUGGCAGCAGUGCCAUGUCGCGCAGCAUGACACAUCUGGCCAGCGGACGCGCCAAAUACACACUCAGCAGCAACAGUACAGGUGGCGGCGGCGGCGGCGUCGGUGGCAUCAUGUCAAACAGUUUUCGUCCACUGAGCGGUGGCCAACGUGAUACCACUUGUAAGAGUUUGACACAGUUAAACAAUUCGUGGUCGAGCGCUACACCGCGCUCGAAUUUGGGCUUACAAACAGCUGCUACUAGAAAGUAUCUGCAAUCAUCAUUAGCUUCAUCACCAUCAGCGAUUGGGACUAAACGCAGCGAGCAGCUACUAAAUCAUCUUACUAACCCCUACCGUUUCGAUCCAAACUCAUUAUUGAUCAUGAAUUCUAGUUUCUCAAUAACAACAGGUUCACGUUCUGGAAAUGUCACCCCAGGCGGCAACAUCAGCACUUCAAGACCGGGUAGUGCAAUGUCCACAUCCACAAAUUUGUCCACAUCUGGUUACGUGGCUAGAAGAUCCGUACCGGCUACACGUAAGCAACGGCCAGCUAGUAUUGCCGGUACUGGCAUGUCGCUGGAGGACCUUAAUAAACACAAAAAAGAUAAUAGGCCGCCAGUGAAGGCCUCAACACCUUCAUCUACGACAACAUCAGCACAAAAUACCCCCAAACGAACAUCAAAUUUGAUGUCAACCUCAAUGAUUGUGUCAUCGUCUACACGUUUGUCCAGCGCUGAGAAGAAAACUCCAGCUAAACGGGAGUCAGUGACACCCAAAGCCUCCACACCCAAAUCGCUUUCAAAAACGUCCAGUUCGGAUCGCUUAAAUAGAGCUGGCAAAGAUAUUAUGAGUAAAUCGUUAAUAUCACCAUCUCCGAGUCAGACACUUUCACGAAGUGAAAAAGACAAGGCGACUACAAUUGAACGCAAAAAAGAGGAGGCACCGGCUCCUCCGGUGCAAAGCAAAGACGAAAAGAAUUCUUUGAAUAUUGCGAAAUCCGAAGCUGAGUCUACGGCCGAAGCGUUGGCUGCACCCAAUGAGGCAGCAGUAGCAGUGGCCGCUGAAACAGUUAGCACAGAACAUGCAGCAACUACAGCUCAAAGUGUUGAAGCGCUGACGCCAGAGAGAACUUUUACUGAAACAAAGACGCAGCACUUGAUUGACGCUGAGUCUGUUGAGUUGAAUCAAGUCGGUACUGCUGCUUUGCCGCCAGUACAGCAACAGCAGACGGCAGUAGCGCAGCCACAGCCCCAACCACAAUUACGUUCACAAAACGGCAGCAAAGAAAAUUCAGAAGUGCGUGAACUUACGCCACCAACACAAAAUGGUGAUAAUAAUGAUUUGAUGACCGCUUCGAUGAUCGCCAGAAAUAAGAUCACAACUGAGGAGGAGGCGAAGGCUGCAUUGGCUGAACGUCGUCGUCUGGCACGUGAGGAGGCUGAGCGACAGGCCGAAUUGGAGCGUCAGCGCCUAGAGGCCGAACGCCUUGCCGAACUGAAGCGUCAAGAGGAGGAGGCCGAACGGCAGCGGGCUUUCGAAGAGGAAGCCAAUCGUUUAGCUGGGGAGCAACGUCGUGCCGAGGAAGAGCGUUUGCGCCAAGCUAUUGAAGAGGCAAAGCAAAAAGAAGAAGAAGAGCGUCGCAAACGUGAAGACGAAGAAAAGCAACGCGUACAACGCGAGGAGGCCGAAAAGAAGGCCAAGGAGGAGGCGGAGAAACAACGCAUUGAGGUUGCCGAACGUCUUAAACGAGAGGAGAAGGAGCGCGAAGAACGACGCAAACGCGUUGAGGCGAUCAUGUCGCGCACACGUAAAGGUGCCAGUGGUGGUGGAAGCGCGACAACACCCAACUCCACACCAGUAAAGGAAAGCACAACGCCCAAACCGGCAGCUGACAAUUUGCAACAGGAAACACAACAAGAACAAUCCUUUACAACUACAACCACAGCAAUAACUAAUGCUGUCAGCAGCACUGAUAGUAGCUCCACAUCGGGCUCCACCACGACUGCGACCACACCAAAUCCGCCACAAAACAUUGCUCCAGUAGUGCCCACAGCUGUGGUGACCGUGGUGCCUACAAGUGAAAAGGUGGAGCCGCAGAAUACGCAGGCUAUGUACGAGCAAGCUGUCAUUGACAAGGAAGCUGCGCUUAUAAACAGUUUCUCCAAUAUGCUAAUAGAUGAAAAUGCGAAAAAUCUGCAUCAACAGCAACAGCAACAACAUUUCCAGCAACCAACACAAAUUCUCGAGGUGAGCAAUGGAAAAUUGCCAAUAAACAGUGAUGUGCUAUUGCAAAAUACCACAACAGCAACAACAAUAAAUACGACUGCCGUUUCAAACGGCAACGGCCAUCACAUCGAAAAUUUAAACAACAAAAAUGAUAUCAAUAACCUGCAGGAUGCCGUAACACCAGCAACAAAUCAGUUAAUUGAUUUAAGCAUUGAGUCACAAGAUAUCAACAAUGCAGUAAACUUCAACAACAACAACAGUUUGUUAAAUACAACAAACGCAACACUAGUCACUGCAGAUAGUCACGAUAAUAAAGAUAUUUCACUGCUGUGAGUCUGAGCGUGCUAGCAGCCUGCAAUUAUUGGACGCGCAAACUAAAAAACUGCAACAAAGAUAUAUAAUGCUGUACAACUAUGAGAAUUAGGAGAAAAAUCUAUUGAUUGUGGCGCGUUAGCGUUUAUUGAAGUUUUGUGUGUAUGUGCGACAAUUUAUGGUUACUUGACAUUUAAGGCGUAAUUAAUACGAGUUUAACUAAUUUAAAAUUAUAUAUAUAUAAUAUAGAAGAAACAAAAAAACAAAAAUGCUAAAGCCAAGUGCAUAUUAAGAAAAUGUUAGCAAAACAAACACUGCUUAAGCUCAUUUGAUAUAUUUAAAAUAUGUGUAGCAAUGAGAAGCAAAAGCAUGAAAAAAAAAUAAAACCUUUAACUAGGAUAUAAAUAUAAAUCACAAUAAAUUAUGAUGAAAAUGAGGGAAAAACAUAAAAACUACGGCAAUUGUUCCUCCCGUAAAAUAAAAGAAAGCAAAAACUAAGCAUAGUUAGAGAGUGAAAAUAUGAAGCAUACAUAAUUAAUUGCUUGAAAACACAUAUAUUGUGUAUGCUAAACCAGGCAAAACAUAAAAACAAGCAAAUGAGAGACGAUUAACUGCAUAGUACCGAAAAGCGAACACUUUCGAAAAGAGCAACGCAUUAAAUUUAUAAAACCACAAAAUACUAUUGAAAAAACGCAUAAUUUCUGCGUACCGUUAAGCAAAAAAUCAAAAACUGCUAUGAAAACUUAAAAUUUUUCGUUCAAAAAAAAAUUCAAGUUUCCAUAAAAAUUAAAAAUUUAUGCAAUGCAGUCCAUUUAGCUUACAUGCAUAUUCAACCAUAUAAUGGAAGAGAUAUAUUAAACAAGAGCAUAAAGUAACUAUUUCAGGUAACUAAGGGAACACAAACACCAUGCGGAAUGGUGUAUAAAUUAAAUAUACCCAAUGUAUUUGCAAAUAUAUUAUACCAAAUUUGAAGCAAUCCGUGCUUUUUUUCGUGCGAACCACAGUGCUACAUGCGCUUUAUAAUCUGUCUGUAGAUCAUGGUUCAUGAGAGUUCUCUUUCUGCAUAAAGCAAAAGCAGUCAACAAACGCAUAUUUGUAUUGGGCUUUAAAGUACAUCUCGGAUGUGUAUUUUCCGUCUUAUUUUAGUACUUUUUUUUAUAUUUGUUUCAUACAUACUCUGUAUACUGCAAGGGUGUUUGCCUGUGUCACGACAAUAUUUCUUAUUUGCUAUAUGCUGAGAAAUGUGCUAAUUUUUAUUAGUAAUUUUGCACACGAUGAUAUUGAUUUGAGCCAAGGGCUGAAAAUAUGCAUCUAUACUUCUUUCUUAAAUAAUAAAUAGGCUAAAUGUAUCUUUUAUCUAGCAAAUGCUUUUCACCCCCAAUUAAAUUAUUGGGUUUUUAGCUGCUUUCCUUCAUUCGCUCAUUAUAUUUUAAACUAAUUCAUGUUUUCAAAAAGGCUAAACGCAUUAAGGAUGCGUAACAUUAUAAAUACGGUAUUAAUUCUAACUGAUGAAAUAAUCAAUUGAGUAAAACUUCCUCCUCUUAUACGGGCAUAUAGAAAGUAGUACUUUUUUAGUGUUAGAAUUUGCUAAAUUGGCUUGUACCUUAGGCACCAGACACGCAAGAAGGCAACACUUGGCAGUUAUAUAUUAAGAAGCCAGUUUGGGCAGCCAGUUAAUCAUACAAAGGAUUGGUGGCUAGACAAAAAACUAUCUAACUGAAAAGUAAAGUGGUGGACGCGCUUUAAAAUAUUAUAAAUCAAAAUAAAGCGAAAGCGAAGCAAAGUAAUGUAUAUCAGCAAUUUAGUGUGCGAGUUAGAUUAUAUAAUAUAUAUAUAUAUAUUUAUGUGUAGUUAAUGUAUUUUCCGAUUUUUUGAUGCAUAUAUAUAUUUUUUAAUUUUUAUGUUAUCUAAAUUUACAUUUACAUAUACAUAUAUUUGCAAAGUUUAUACUUAAAAAUUAGAAAAAACCAAUCAAACAAAAUGUUUUAAUUUGUUAAUAUAACUUAUUUAUAUAUACACAUUGUAAUAGCUGAUACAACAUUAAAAAAAUAUUUUUUUCAUAUAAUAACUUCGAGCAUAUAAAGCUUAUUUAAAAGAAAGCUGAAAACGCAUGGACUGAAAUUUUGGUGGUUGUUUCACGAAUGAAGUUAAAAGUAAUUGGCUAUUGUAUUAUUUCACAAUUUCACGCUUAAAAGUCAAGCACAUUUUAUGAGUAUUCCAGCUUUUGUGAAUAUAUUUAUACAUCUGUAUGUCGUUAUUUGGAGUUACUGGUGAUUCCAAAAAACACGAAACUCAUUUUCACCAAACUAAAUAACGCAGUCGGCUUUUUUAAAAAUCCGGCACAAGAAUAGCGAUUUGUGGCAUCGCUGGUGCAUCGCUAAGCGUUUGCACAUUUACAUUUGACGAUUGAGGAGCCUAUUGAAUAGUUAGUCAAACGCCAGGUAUGCCCUAAAUAAAUGCAUGUAUUGAAUUUUAUGUUCACCGCUAAAUAUAUAUUUUUAAGUCUGUAAUCGGAAACUGUAAACUGAACGAAAUUAUGCAAAAUAAUUUAAAUUAUUAUUAUAUUAAGUAAAGGAGCAGCGCCAAAAUAGACUUUUUAUAAACUAUAAAAAUUUAAAUAAAUAUUUUAAAUCGCAUCCAGUUGUAAUUUUUAACAUACGAGUAUUUCGUUAUAAAAGUUGUUAUUGUAAUCCCGAUAAAUGCCUCUGAUUUUUUAAAGUUUGCGAAGCCCUCAUAGGGGCUUCAACUGUGGCAACUUAUUUCCGUUUGGCGCUGUGCUUUCCACUUUAGUAAGUAAUUAACCAAAAAGUUUAUGAAAAUUAACUGCAAAUCACCGGCAAUAACGCUGUUGUUACAAUUACUAUAAUUUGCAUAUCAGAAUACAAGCAUCUCCACCUAAAUGUACUGUGUAACUAAUAAACGAAAGCUUAUUCAAAAUAUUUAAAACAGUAAGAUAUGAGUGGAACUACAUUGAGCAUACAAACCAAAAUGUUUGGAAAUGAGCGCGCUUAAUGUGUUGGUCAACUAGCACUAGCUUUAUUUAUACGUCUACAUCUUGUCUGUUUGCAUUUUAUCUAUAAUUUAAAGCGAUUACUAAAAUAUACAACAUAUAUUUUAUAACUAAAACACACACACUUACACCAACAUUGCCUAAGUUUCAGCUUCAUAACUAAAUCAAGUGAUUAACAUUGAGCUAAUACAAAAAAAAAUAUUAAAACUAUCAUGCGUGUAUGCAUAAAUGCAUAAUAUUGCAUGUAUCUAAACUUAUUUAACUGAAAUUCCCAAUUUAAAAGGUCUAUCUAUCGUUAUCGUUACAUUAAAAUAAUUAUUAAUAAUAUUAAAAUUUAUUAAAUUAUAAAUCGAUGUAACUAACUACGAAAACAAGUAAUCAUGCAAACUGACAAGCGAUGCCGAAAAUAAAUUUUAGGUCAAGUAAAAAGUU